GCCCCGCCCUCCCGGAGCCCCGCCCCUUCGCGUUGCAGGGCCGCGGGAUGUGGGCCUUGCGGGCCGCCGUCCGUCCCCGGCUGUGGCUCUCCCGCCUGGGUCGCAGCCGCCCGGCUCUCUGGGAGCCCCGGCCGCUCUAUCCCGCACGCGCGCUCGCUGCUGCCGCCGCCGCCGCCGGCCACGGGGUCUCGGGCAACCGGGACAGGCUGGGGAGCCGAGAUGGUCGCAGGCCGCCUGCCCAGGGAAGCCGCGCAGAAGCGGACCAUGAAGAAGAGGAGGAGGAGGAAGAGGAGCUGCUGCGGAGCGACCCGUUGCUGCGCGGGACGCAGCGCGUGUGCCUGGUGCACCCUGAGGUCAAGUGGGGACCCGGAAAGCCGCAGCUAACCCGAGCCGAGUGGCAGGUGGCAGAGGCGACCGCGCUGGUCCACACGCUGGACGGCUGGACAGUGGUGCAGACCGUGGUGGUGCCCACCAAGACGCCCAACAGCAAGCUGAUCUUCGGGAAGGGGAACUUGGAGCAGCUGACGGAGCGGAUCCGGGCGGCUCCGGAAAUCACAGCCGUGUUCCUGAACGUGGAGCGCAUGGCCGCCCCCACCAAGAAGGAGCUGGAGGCGGCCUGGGCCGUGGAGGUGUUUGACCGCUUCACCGUGGUGCUGCACAUAUUCCGCUGCCACGCCCGCUCCAGGGAGGCCCGGCUGCAGGUGGCGCUGGCCGAGAUCCCCCUGCUCAGGGCUAACCUGAAACACGGCACAGCUCACCUGGACAGACAGGGCGGGGGCUCCCGGUACAUCAUGGGGUCAGGCGAGUCCCUCCUGCAGCAGCGGCAGCGGCUGCUCCGGGACCGGGAGCUGAGGAUCCUCGGGGCGCUAGAGCGGCUGCGGGGGCGCCGGGCGCUGCUGCGGGGCCGGAGGGCACAGCGUGGGCUCCCGGCUGUGGCCGUCGUGGGCUACACCAACUGUGGGAAAACCACGCUGAUCCGCGCGCUGACCGACACGGCCGCGCAGCCCCGGGACCAGCUGUUCACCACGCUGGACGUCACGGCCCACGCCGGCUGGCUGCCCUCGCGCCUGCCCGUGCUCUACGUGGACACCGUGGGCUUCCUCUCCCAGCUGCCCCACGGCCUCAUCCAGGCCUUCAACGCCACGCUGGACGACGUGGCCCACGCGGACGUGAUCCUGCACGUGCGGGACGUCAGCCACCCCGAGCGCGAGCUGCAGAAGGCCAGCGUCCUCUCCGCCCUGCAGGGCCUGGGCCUGCCCGCCCAGCUGCUGGACUCGGUGGUCGAGGUGCACAACAAGGUGGACCGUGUGCCGGGGUACAGCCCCCCGGAGCCCGGAGCGCUGGCCGUGUCCGCCCUGCACGGGCUGGGGCUGCCCCAGCUCAAGGCCAGGCUGGAGGCCGCGGUGCUGGCAGCCACCGGGAGGCAGCUCCGGACCCUGCGCGUGCCACUGGCCGGGCCGCAGCUCAGCUGGCUGCACCGUGAGGCCACCGUGCAGGACGUGGCCGUGGAGCCCGAGGCCGGGGCUGCCCUGGUCACCGUGAUCAUCAGCAGUGCCGCCUACGGAAGGUUCCGCAAGCUCUUCCCAGAAAGUGCCACCAGGGAGCCGUCCUGACUCAGCCUCAGAGUGCAGCAGCCCAGGAGGCCUCCGUCCUCGUCCCUUCGAGGCAGCCGCUGCUCGGAGCCUACUGGGGGCCGAGAGCCGGGCCCAGGCACGGCCGGUGCCACUCGGAGGCUGAGGCAGGAGGAUCGCUGUGAGCUCCAGGUGGCCUAGUGUGUCGCCCGGGUGCCGUCUCCCCCCCAGGAGGGCAGCAGCGUCCCCCGAACAGGACACGGGGGAGCCGAGUUCGGCACGGGGCCUCCGUGGAGGGCCGGACCCGGACACCCGAACUCUGGUCUGCUCUGAACUCCCGGGAAGGACAAAGUGGGCCAGCGUUUGGGCUCCUUUUAUUUAUUUAAAUUCUGGUGUGGGGGGGAAUAAAAAGUGCCAGUAACAUCUCA